GUCCAUCUUUCUCCCGUGGAAAAUCAUAGCUUCUUAUGAGAACAGAUAGCCAGAACGCCCCACUCUUAUCAGUGCCUUUGAGUGGUCUUCGAGAAUGCUGAUAGCAUCCUCUUCUCUUCCCUUCCACAAUGGCUACGAAAGCGAACUCAGUUCCGCAUCCUACGUUGAUUCAGGUUGAUCCCUUUGUGCCUGCGGACCAACAGAAGGGUUUGCACAAUCGGUGGCACCCCGAUAUCCCAGCUGUCGCAACAGUCAAACCAGGCCAAGUCUUCAAGAUCGAAUGUGUCGAUUGGACGGGCGCGCAAAUCGGGAAUAAUGAUUUUAGCGACGACAUCAAGGACGUCGACCUGAGCAAGGUGCACAAUCUUUCCGGUCCGAUCGCAGUCGAAGGUGCAGAACCCGGCGAUUGCCUAGUGGUGGACAUUCUAGACGUUACACCGUUCGAAAAGAUGCCUUGGGGCUACACUGGCAUCUUCGAACUGAGCAACGGCGGUGGUUUGUUUGCGAAAGAGUUCGAGAGCAAAGCCGCGAAGGCCAUCUGGGAUUUCCACGGCGUGUAUGCGUCCUCACGCCACAUCCCGGGUGUCCGGUUCGCCGGUGUAUCGCACCCGGGUCUCAUCGGGACUGCCCCCUCUGCUGAGCUCCUGGCGACGUGGAAUCAACGCGAGGGCGCGCUGAUCGCCGAACAUCCGAACGCGAUGCCGCCUGUCGCCUUUGCGCCGAGCGCGGUCGGAGCCUAUGUUGGCCAGGAUCUCGACCCCGAGGUUAUGAAGAAGAUUCUUGAAGAAGGGGCUAGGACGGUUCCAGGACGCGAGCACGGCGGAAACUGUGACAUCAAGAACUUGUCCAAAGGGUCGAGAUGCUACUUCCCUGUCUUUAUCAAGGGUGCGAAUCUGUCCGUUGGGGACUUGCAUUUCUCGCAAGGAGAUGGAGAGCUCUCUUUCUGUGGCGCUAUCGAAAUGGCAAGUGGCUCACUAACGCCGCGCUCUGCAGUUGAACUCGAUUUCCAGGCCGGAAUCAUCACAUUCAGUACAAGCAUUAUCAAAGGCGGAGUGGAGAAGUUCGCUCUGAAACAGCCUAUCUUCCUUCCCUCUCCCGUCGAUCCGAUGUACUCAGCCAAAGUGGUCUUCGAGGGAAUCAGCGUCGACUACC